CUUUUCAAUGUGACCAAUGUUCCUUGAGACAUGAAGACUGGGAGGGUGGUACCAAAUUGCAGAUCAAACAAGGAAUCGUCUUCUACUUUUUUUGAAGCAACGAGUCGAAUAGCCAUCACGUGCUGAUCAUCAGGGAGGCAGCUCCCAAACGCCUCAAGUCUCCAGGGCCCUGUGGGUGGCCAAAGUUGCGUGUCGAGCCUCCGCCCCCUGCCUAGUGAAGAGCCCGGGUUUGGCGUCGCAGCCAAAGCGCCAGAUUUACCCAGCCCGGCGUCAGCUUCUCGCCAACCUCCAGUUCGUUUUAUCUUUCAUCCCCAUUCUCACCGUUUGACAACUUCGCUACCUCUCCAUCUGCAUCCAAUUCAUCCCAAAAGACCAUCUCUGAUUGUCACAAAGUUAUCCAGCACGACGACAGCUGACCCCUCCGACAACACCCUACCCCUUUCCGAACCGUCUCUUUAUCUGCACGCAUUACAUAUCACCAGCAACCAUGGCUGAUCGAGAGCAACCCUACGACCCCUACAUUCCUUCGGGCGGACAAGGAGGCGCACCUCCCGCUGGAGGAAACCAGAGAACAGCUGCUCUGCAAGCGCAAAUCGAUGACACUGUCGGUGUUAUGCGAGAGAACAUCAAUAAAGUAUCACAGAGAGGCGAAAGACUAGACUCGCUGCAAGAUAAGACCGACAAUUUGGCCGUCUCGGCGCAAGGAUUCAGAAGAGGCGCCAACCGCGUCCGAAAACAGAUGUGGUGGAAGGACAUGAAGAUGCGCAUGUGCUUGAUUGUUGGUAUCAUUGUCCUGCUUAUCGUUAUCAUUGUCCCAGCUGUGGUCGCUACCCGACACUAGAUUGAUCGAUGAUCGAGCAUGACGACGGCGAUGACCACCACAGAGCGAGAACAACUUUCCUGACGACAUGAUAACCCAGACUUGAUCUUUUGGGCUAGUGACUGUACAAUAUGAACUGGUCGAAAGGACUCAACGCUUUCUUGAAUGCAUGCGAUAGGUUUCCUCGACACAAUCACUCCAAAGGAUUUACGAAAUCGGCAAAACAUGUCCUUUGAACUUCUGGAGGAGAAUUUUUGAGAGCGUGAUGAUGAGCACUUGCAUAGUGCUUCAGGCGUCCAGGCGCGAUGGGACUGUAGGGCUACUUGUUACAAUAAUACCAUGAGCUCUUUUGACCAAAUGUGGCACCAAUGACACCCGAAUCAGGCUGCACGGAAUAGUCGUUCCAUACUCUUCUGAGAGGGUUUCCAAUAGAUUUAAUCGAAAGCCCGGAAGCACUGACAUGUGCCUAUGGAACGGUAUCAUUAGCGAUUGCGAUGUGCUUUCUCGUGCUCCGUAUCUUUGUUUUACGUGGCGUACUUGUAGUACCGCUUCAAUCGCAG